CGCGGAGCCGGCGCGCUCCCGCCUGCAGGGGGAGGGCGGACGGGGCGCGGGGACCGGCCAGGCCGCGGCGGGCGCUGUUUCUCUUUCACUUUCCUUCCUUCUGAGGCCGGCGCCCUGGCGGGCGAGGAGCGGCGGCGGCGGCGGCCGCGGGAUAUGGGAAAGCAGAACCACCGAAAGGAGUGAUGACCGGCGAUCUCCUGCCAAGUCUGGAUGUUAGUUCUCAUGCCCCAGGACAUCCAGUUGGGAACUCCACACCAGCUUCUGGAAUCAGACUUUCAUCCACUUAAUAGCCUUCUUUGAACUACUAGAACCAGUCCUAGCUAACCACGAAUGGCUACCCAAAGGAAGCACUUGGUGAAAGAUUUCAAUCCUUACAUCACCUGCUACAUCUGCAAAGGGUAUCUGAUCAAGCCAACUACAGUGACGGAAUGCCUCCAUACCUUCUGUAAGACUUGUAUUGUCCAGCACUUUGAAGAUAGCAAUGAUUGUCCAAGGUGUGGCAACCAGGUUCAUGAGACAAACCCAUUAGAAAUGUUGAGGUUGGAUAACACAUUAGAGGAAAUUAUAUUUAAGCUGGUCCCUGGACUACGAGAACAAGAACUUGAGCGUGAAUCUGAAUUUUGGAAGAAAAACAAGCCUCAAGAAAAUGGACAAGAUGAUACUUCAAAAGUUGACAAACCUAAAGUAGAUGAAGAAGGUGAUGAAAAUCAAGAUGAUAAAGACUAUCACAGAAGUGACCCACAAAUUGCUAUAUGUCUAGAUUGUUUACGAAAUAAUGGACAAUCAGGGGACAAUGUAGUAAAGGGUUUAAUGAAGAAAUUCAUUCGAUGUUCUACACGUGUAACUGUGGGAACUAUUAAAAAAUUUCUAAGUUUAAAACUAAAACUUCCAAGUUCUUACGAGUUGGAUGUGCUGUGCAAUGGUGAAAUUAUGGGGAAGGAUCACACUAUGGAAUUCAUCUACAUGACAAGAUGGAGACUAAGAGGCGAAAACCUACUCCAUGAUAAUUGGUCCCAAGUACAAGACCAAGGGCUGUGUUGAAUGUGGUUUUGUUAUAUUUAAGGUGAGUUUAAAACCCCCUCUGAAUGUGUUCAGAACUCUACUAACCUAGAGACGGAGGAGAUGGCACUUACAUUUUUUUAAACCCCAGUAAAAUGCGGGAACUUUUAAGUUCUGCCCUGACUAAUAUGUUUAAUGGUUAAGAUAUUAUUUUUUGGUUGUGGUAGAGGGAACAGAUAGGGUAGAAUCUAGAUAAUCUUUUUUUCAGCUACCUCCUUUACAUUCAAAGUAUAAAAGCGGACCAAAGGGUAAGUGAGUUUGCAGUGGUUUCUGAUGCCAGAAUUAGGUUAUUGUGCAAUAUGGAAGAAGUGAUUAAAAGGAGAAACCUAAGACAAUUAAAAAAAAAAUCCAGAAGGGAACUUCUGUAUUUGGAACUAUAUCUUUGAUGAGGGUUAAUUAGAAGUUUCAAGCAUGCCUUAUCUGAGUUGUAUGUAACAUUGACAGGGAAAUUUGAAGGACUAAGGAUUGUAAGGAUGAUAUGUAGCCGCAAGGAAUAUAGUAGUAACUAUGAAAAACACAAAAUUAAGACAUGUAGCCUCACAAAUUACAGUGGUUCAAAAACAUACUUACAUUGAAUGUCAAUAUCUAUGGAACUGUUUUUUGUUUUCCAGAAGAACUAUCUUGAUAUGAUAUAAUAAUAAAUGGAGCACCUAACUUGUUAAGUCAGAAUUUUUUUUUCUAUUUGCAUCCCACUUGAACGAAGCCUUCCUUGUGAGGCUGAAUGCUCGUGACCAGGAGAAGCAAAUUAUGUUCUAGUCCCAGCCACCAACUAGUUGUGUGCCCUUGAAGAACUCAUGAAACCUCUUAGGGCUCAUUUUUUAAAAAAAUCUAAUUGUCUUUGUAUUUGGUAAAUCACUACUUGCCUUACUAUGACAUUUUAUAUAUUUUUAAAUGGUGUACAUACCUCACUCAUUUAAUCCUUCUAACUAAAAUGUUUCUGGCACCACGUGCAGAUUACAGAGCAAGCCAAUUCUCUGUUGCCCAGCACUGCUGGGGCCUGAUUAUUGUGAUUAUUACACAUAAUAUUAAUAUAAUAUUGAUACAAUUUUAGCUUUCUUUGAUGGUUCAUUGGACAUUUCAGUUUGUGUUAGUGCUUGAAAUCGUCAUUAUGAAUAGGUUUGCCUUAAGGCUGAAGAGAUGUAACUAGUCGUCCAGUGCAGGACCUCUGCUGGCACUCAUUUGUCCUUCCCAAGAUCACUUCCCAAAGGCCGCCCACACUGCCGGUUAUUUUAAUGUCAAAGCACAAAAGAGCUAAUUAAUAGAAAUUGUUAUUAAUAAAGAGUUAAAUCAGUCCUUACUACUAUUAUGCUUCUGAUUACACAUUUCUGAGUAGUUUAAAUUCCCUGGUUGUUAAAGGCAUAUUUUAAUAAAAGUUGGUUCAAAAAAUGGUUUAGUACCUUAUGAUUUUUAUACAGGUAAUAAAUGGAAAAGUUACCACAUUUUGUACUGAGUACAACAGUAAAAUACUAUAUUAGCCCAUUUCCUUUUUUCCAGCAUGACAAACCUGGUUUUUGUUUGUUCUCCUCUAAACCUGGUUUUCCCUCAGCCUUCACAGUCUCAGCAGUUCCAAGAUUAGUAGUUUCAUUUUUCCCGUUUCUCAGACCAAAAUCCCUCAAGUCAAUCCUGAUUAGUUUCAUCCAUCCUUAGCAAAUUCUCUGACCCCUACCAUCAAAAUACAAUAAUCAGAAUCCAGUUAUGUCUUACACCUCCAUUCUGCCGUUCUGGUCCCCCCACUAUCACUCUUGCCCAGAUUUCUACAGAUUCUCCUCCCUGGUCUCCAUGCGUCCAUCCACUCUUGCUCCCGUCUUCACCCAGCACAGCAGCCAGGGUGACCCUCUCAACACCAGUUAGGACGUGCCACCUCUGUGCUCUAAAUCUCCAGUAACACCUAAUGUCAUUUAGACAAAAGCCUAAGUCCUUCCGGGGACCUAUAGAUGGCAGGCUCCUCACGGUUUUCCCCAGACACCUCCCUGAUCUGACCCUUUGCCCCCUCCCUCUGGCUUCACCGGCCUCUGUGUUUCUUCUAAAAUGCCAGGCUUGCCUUCUCCUCCCAAGUAUCCACCUAACUUGUUCCCUUUACCCCUUUCACUCAGAAUUUUGCUUCUACAUCACCUCCUCGGUGAGACCUCUGACUUCGCUUAAUAGUACAACUCCCCUGCCCAUUCUGGCACUCAGUCCCUUUUCAUGCCUUGCUGUUCUCCAUCGUAUUUCAUACCAUCUGACACACCGUGUCUCUUAUGCGUGUUGAUUGUUUGUCCUCAAUUAUACGUAGUCUGAGGGCAGGGAAGAGGAUUUGUUCACUGCUCAGUCUCCAGCACCUCAGGCAGUGCCUGGUACAGAUACGUGAUAAGUAUCUGAUCGAAGAGUGAAUGAAACUCUAGUCUUUUAUAAGGUAAUGGCUAUGUGGAAUAUAUCCUAAAGGUGAUUUCGUUUAUUUCCAUCUGUUUCCCGUGUGUUUUCUGUUAAACAAAUUUUAAGCUUUUGCUCAUGUUCCAAUUAUGUUAUUAUAAUAGUAACUGAUGAAUUCUGACAGUUGGAGGGAAUGGACAGACUAGCAAUAAAACAGUUCUUUCUUAAGCCCCUCGUGGCAUAUUUGCCGCAGUCACAUCCCUUCCCAUCUCUACCCUCCAUUGCCAGCCAGAUGCCAAGAUGUCUGAAAAGCUCACAUUACUCUACCUACUGGCACUGCUAACUGGCUCUGCCUUGGGCAGGGGUCAGUGUAUUUCCUAAACUAAUGACCACCUUAUGGUUCUUUUACUUCUAGUAGUUUUUUGUAUUAAACAUUUUAAUCCACCUGGGAUUUGUUCAUUCACACACACAUACCUGCCGUGAGGCUAAGACUCCAACUUACCCUAGGAACGUUUUUGCCAGAAAUACAAUUUAUAUAGUAACCCAUAAUUUGCCUCAGUAUUUACACCGUUACCUAUGCAUGUGUAUCUAGACAUAUGUUUAUACGCACAGAUGUGUACGUCUACAUUCCUGGACGUUCUUCUUGUUCUUCUGAGCAGGACUUACCCUACACCAGCAUUGCACAUUAUAGCUUUUGUAAGAAUGUGAUCUAACACCCCUAUCUAAAACCCCUUAAUUUUCCAUUUUCUUCAGGAUAUGUUUAAAUAAAGCCCGAACUAACUUAGAAGGAAAGGAGUCCGGCCUUUUAGGUUGCUUUAUGAUAUGUAUCAGUAUCUGUUAGGGCAAAGCUCAUUAUUAUUAUUAUUAUUUUUAAAACUGUGCUGGCUAUUUAUCCCCACAUAUUUUCUUUCAGGUGAGCUUGAAAAUGGGAUUGUGAUUGGCAUUGGAUUAAAUUUCUAGGUGGAUUUGGCUGCCAUUUGCAGUCUUCUAGUCUCUUUGGUGCUGUGGGGUGUCCUCUUAAGCUCUGCACUCUUCUGUGUCCGAGUGAAGUCUGUGGUUUUCACCCCCCUUCACGUCUGAUGCCUCCUCUGCCCUUCUGGGUCUUUGGCCUCAGGCCAGGCUGCCCCAUAUUCAGAUCACCUCUUUACCUUGACCUAUUUCUAGACUCCUAGGAAGAGUCUUAGGAAGUUGACUUUGCCUUGGUUUCUCGAGCAGGACGUUUCUGUCUGUAAGGCUCCUCCCCUUUGUCCUGGGGCAGUUCCACUUAGGCUCAGCCUCUUUUCUGUCGUCUCUGCUCUUUCUGGAUCCUUGUCCUCAUUGUGAUGCAUUGAUUUUCGAAUGAUUUUUAUCUUUAGGAAUCAAGUAUCUGGUCAAACUUAGCUAGCUCCUAGAAAUUUUUCAGUUCAUAACAAUAUUUAUGCCUCAAGAUUGGUGUUCAUCUUUUGCUUACUAGUAGGAGAAAACGUACCUUUUUUUCAAACCGUUGCUUCUCAAACUUAAAUGCAAAUUAUAAAUCACCUCGGAAUCUUGGUAAAAUACAGAUUCUGACUCGGUAGUCCUAGGGUGGGGCAAAAGUUCAGCAUUUCUAACAAGCUCCCAGGGGAUGCCAGUGCAUCUGAUCUUUGGACCAUCUUUUAGUAAGAAGAUUUUAGGAGACAUGGUUUAUGACCACUGGCUUUGACCCUGUGGUUUCCACAUCUGUAAGUUGAGAGUGUAGAGUUCAAGAAUUAGAUUUCAGUUUGGGAGGGACUUAGUCACCAAUCUGAUAUGUGGAUUCUGUUUAUAAUAUCCAUGUGGUGUUCAUCAGUUUUUGAAACAAAAUGAAAUCAUAUAUAUUGUUUUGCAACUUCUUUUUCUCAUUUGUUAAUAUUUCUUGUGAAAAAUUAGUAAACUUGAAAGUUGUUCUUUGUAAAAGUUCAUAGUAUUCCAUUUGUGUGGCUAUAGCAUGAUGUGAUUAAGGUUUUUCUUUUUUUCAAAUAUUUGACACUGCAAGCAAUACCUUGUUCCAGGACAUAUAUGCUUUUGCACAUGUGUAAGCAUGUCAACUGGCUAAAUUCCGGAUGUGGUUUUACAGCAGAGUGUGUAUGUUUUAAAUUUUGAUAGACUGAUAAAUUGUUCCCUAAAAAAGUUUUAGCAGUUUAUAAUCAUACCAGUAAUGUAUGGGUGCCCAUUUUCUGAUCUCCUCACCAACACGAUGUAUUUUCAGCUUUGUAUUUCUUGUGUGACAUCUCCUCCCAUGUCCGUUGCCCUCUUUUUCCCGCCGUGGAGUCUGUCUUUUUCUUACUGACUUCUGGGUGCUCUCUGUGUAUCCCGGAUAUUCCUGUUUUGCUAUGGAUGUCACAGCGAUUUCUUCCCAGUUGUGUCCUGCCCAGUUUUGCCUCAGUUUUUUGAUCCUUAAAAUUGGGAUAACACCUAUCAAAAGUUUUUAGUCAAAACUAAUGAAAUACAGUACUUAGCAGGGUGCCCGACAUAAUGAAUGUAAUUUUCUGAUAGCUUACGUGUGUUGGCUCUCACCACUGCUGUAACUCUCUCCUCCUGCCCCUGGCCCCUGCCCGGGAGCACGCCAUCGGCGUCUGCCUCUUCAGCCUCACCCUCUCGGGAGCUUGUGCUCUUCCCGCUCCCCGCACCUCCCCUCACCUCGGGUAGCUUGAGGACCUACUCUCAGAACUCCCUCCUUUCCCACAUAACCCUGGUUGGCCCUUUCCCUUCCAGCAACCGCUGCCAGUCCCGACCUAGAGUUACCGCACCAUGUUUGUCUUGCUGUGCUUCGUUUGCAUGUUACCAAGCAAUUUGAGGAAAAGCAAACCUCUGUCUUGACUAAUACAAAAGGGAUUAAUAAGAAAAAACUAAUCAUUUAGUGAAAUUUGCCUCUUUCCACCCCAAAUCUUGUUAAAUGCUAUUUGGGACUUGCAUAGUUAGCAAAGUCUGAUAGGCCAGAGUGUGGGGACUCUUCAGAGAGAAAAGGGGGGAGGUUGUCAGGGAUAACAGUGCUGGACGUGUCUCAAAGCAUGUGGCUGAGCCCUGUGCAGAAAUUCAAGGACUGCCUUCUAGGGAAAGGUCUUUUAGGAAAUGGAGAAUUUCUGAAAUUUUAUUUAAAAGGCUGCCAAUAUAUUUGUUUUAAUCACUGCUUAAAUAUUCUUGUUUUUUUCUGGUGGCGGGGGUAGGUAGCUAGGUUUAGUUAAUUUAUUUGUUUGUUUGUUUGUUUAUGAGGAGGGACUGGGGAUUGAACCCAGGACCUCAUGCAUGCUAAGCAUGCACUCUACCACUGAGCUAUAUUCUCCCCCGCCUUAAAUAUUCUUUCGAAGUAUACUUUAAAAAGCUGCUCUGGGAUGUUAGAUUUAUCUAUAUUUUAUAAUUCCAUUACAGUUAAAAUGUUUGUCUUUAGUAAGUGCUUAGCAUAAUAUUGAAAAAUCACAAUUUGGAAAUGAUUUUUUUAAUACGAAUGGUUAAACUGUUAAAAAAAAAAAAGUUAGUGGAUUUACAAAUGAAUCUACUCACUAGUUAAAAGUAUCUUCAUUCAUGGAUUUACUCCCAAAACAUUUUUUGACCGGCUGCUGUGUGCCAGGUCUGUGACUUAGCUAUUAAGACCUAAGACUGUGGCAAAUAUGAGUAAGACAUAGUCUCAAGGAGCUCAUACCCUAACACUAUCAAAAUAGUUAUGGAGACUGAGAGUCUAGUCUGAACAAUGUAAAGAACCUAAUCUAAAACAGAAAAUGGAUCCUUACAGGCUGAGGCAAGUUCCCUGCCCCUCUCAGAGCUCUGAGCCCCGUCCGCAGUGUUACUUUCAGGGUGUUGAAGAGGAGAUCUAGGUGAGAUUAGUUACAGGAAGGGACAGAAGGAAGAGGGUGCCCCUCCUGGAUUGAGGAGGCAAGGGUUCUCUAAGGAAUUAGCUUUUGAAGAGGAGAUGGAAAGGUCACCAAUGUGGUAAUAUUUGCAAAAUAUUAACAAGACUCAUAUGUAGAUACUAAAAUUAUUUCAAGCUAAAUUUACCAGCCACUGAGUUAUUAAAAUCUUUUUCCAAAAACAACUAUCAUAUUUUGGACAGUGUUUACUUAAAGUUAAUCAUGCUGACUCAUGUUUGACGUUCAGAUAUUUUAAAUAAUCAGUUUUAAAUAUGUACCCAGUUGUGGAUGCCUCUUAUC